CUCAGUGAUUGACAGUUGCCAGGGGCAACGAAGCUGUCGCGUCAUUCGUCCGAUUCCCCUCCGAACUGAAUUCGAAAUAAAGAACGUAUUUUUUCCGCCAUUUUGUCUGCAGUUGCAGCCGAUCGAAAAAAUUAUUUCUGGAGCGAAAUCGGAUGUGCAAGUAGCGUGUCGAGGAGCCGGAAUUUGUUGAGGGUUAAUUGUUUGAUCCCAUCCCGUCCUCUGAUGUGGAUUUUGAGAUGAUUUGGAUGGAAAUCUGGACAAAGCAAGGCUGAAUUGGAAGGAAAUUUGUUUCGCGCGCCAUUUUUAUUGGCCCGUUCAGGGACAACGAUUUGAACAGACGAUCAACGAGAGGAUUGUGGAUCCCGGAAGUCCUGACCCGCCAAACUUGGAUUUUGCGUUCCAGAUCAGGAUACACUGGCUCUAAUACACCUUGGCGGUGGUGCCAAGCGAUGUUCUCAGGCUUGUGAGGGGGCCUCGUGCAUUUUCGUCACCAUGGCAACCAACCAGCAACACGACCAAGCAAUGCAGCCGGUGGAACAGUCCUGGGCUGAACCGUCCAAGACUCAGGAGAUGCAGGCACUGCAGAGUCGAAUCCCGCUCACGUUUCGGGACCCGGCUGGUGCCCCGCUCCGCAAACUCAGCGUGGACCUGAUCAAGACAUAUAAACAUAUCAACGAGGUUUACUAUGCAAAGAAAAAACGGCGGGCUCAACAGGGCCAGGGUGACGACACAAGCCAUAAGAAGGAGAGGAAAGUGUACAACGACGGUUAUGACGAUGACAACUACGACUACAUCGUCAGGAUAGGAGAGAAGUGGGAGGACAGAUACGAGAUUGACUCGCUUAUAGGGAAAGGAUCAUUUGGCCAGGUGGUGAAGGCAUACGAUCACGGUGACCAAGAGUAUGUUGCCAUAAAAAUAAUCAAGAACAAGAAAGCAUUUCUGAAUCAAGCACAGAUCGAAGUACGGUUGUUAGAACUAAUGAACAAGCACGACCCAGAAGGAAAGUGUUACAUUGUAAAACUGAAGCGGCACUUCAUGUUCCGUAACCACCUCUGCCUGGUGUUCGAGUUGCUGUCCUACAACCUGUACGACCUGCUGCGGAACACCAACUUCCGGGGCGUGUCGCUCAACCUGACGCGCAAGUUUGCCCAGCAGAUGUGCACGGCCCUGCUGUUCCUCUCCACGCCAGAACUCAGCAUCAUCCACUGUGACCUGAAGCCAGAGAACAUUGUCCUGUGCAAUCCCAAGAGAAGUGCAAUUAAGAUUGUGGACUUUGGGAGCUCAUGUCAAUUAGGACAAAGGAUAUACCAGUAUAUCCAGAGCAGGUUCUACAGGUCACCAGAAGUGUUGCUGGGGAUCCCGUAUGACAUGGCCAUCGACAUGUGGAGUCUCGGCUGCAUUCUGGUGGAGAUGCACACAGGAGAACCGCUCUUCAGCGGAUCAAACGAGGUUGAUCAGAUGAACAAGAUAGUGGAAGUGCUGGGCAUUCCUCCGGCCCACUGCCUGGACCAGGCACCCAAGGCACGCAAGUAUUUCGACAAGCACCCAGACGGGACGUACAGCAUUAGGAAAAGCAAGGACGGGAAAAAGUACAAGCCGGCGGGCAGUAGAAAACUGCACGACAUCCUGGGCGCGGAGACGGGCGGCCCCGGCGGGCGGCGGAUGGGCGAGGCCGGCCACAGUGUUGCAGACUAUCUCAAGUUCAAAGACUUGAUAUUGCGAAUGUUGGACUUUGACCCCAAGACGAGGAUAACACCGUUCCAUGCGUUACAACACAACUUCUUCAAGCGGACGGCGGAUGAGAGUACGAAUACCAGUAAUAGUGUAUCAACCAGCCCCGCAAUGGAGCAAAGCUCAGGUGCAGGGUCAUCGGCAUCGAGUUCUGGAGGAACCACGUCGGGCGCUCGUGCUCGCUCGGAUCCCACGCACCAACACGGCCAUCAUUCGCACCACCACCCCCAUCACUCGCAUCACCCGCACCACCAAAAUGUAACCAUGGGACUGUCGACCACCACACAGGCUGCCAUGGACUGCGAUAGCCCCGGGUCGGCCCAGGCACACUCGCUGCGCACGGUGCACGUUCAGCAGCAGCAGCAGCCUCCGCCGCCGCCUCUGCAGCAGCAGUACUACCAGACGCAGCAGCAGCAGGCCAGGCCCUUGGUGUGGGGAGACCCGGCGUCCGUUACCAUGGUCCCCAACAACGGGAACAGCAUGCCGCUGGGGGUGUCGGGCCACAGACACCCGGUGGCCCAGCUGGGCGGGGUGGGCAUGACGGGCGCGCACCAGUCGCCGUCCUCCAGCCACUCCACCCCGAGUGGACACGGACUGGUGGGGAGCGGCGGGCGCAGCAGCGGCGGGUCUAGACACAGUUCCUCCAACUCGUCUUCCAACUCGGCGUCGGGCGCGGCGGACGUGAACGUGAACACUUACCCCCAGCAGCCCUCGGUGGACUGCACCCCGGUGGGGUCCAUGAACAUGCAGCUGCGGACAAGUAGCAGUAGCAGUAGUAAUUACCAUGCAAACGCCACGGGUGCUUUCCCCUUCACGCUGGCUGCGACGCAAUCCACGGUGGCGGGGGGGAUGAUGAUGGGAGAUCCGGCAGUGGCAUCCCGCCAAGCACGAGAUCAGACUGAUUCGCCGAUGGUGGGCGUUUGCGUACAACAGAGCCCCGUAGCAAGCCACUCUUGAUGAAUGUCUCAAAUGUAAUUCUGCCAAUACAAAAAUUUGUGUGUAGCUCAUGUAAAAUAGAAAUUGUCAAGGGUGGGCAGCACCAGAAUCAAAUGAUCUGCCCAAAUUUAAAAUAGCUCUAUUUUUCUUGUACACAUAGCUGUCCAAUGUUGCUUGUUAGGUCGAACUAUGUGAAAACAGUCUCACUGUACAGUAUGUGCGAAGAAUGUCAGUGUGGAUGUUGUCUUUCAGGACAGUUUCAAUACACUAGGACACUUUCGAAAGGAUUGGAAUGGUAUUCCCCAUAAUACGGACAUGUUUGUGAAAGCACGUGCGGUAAGCAAAUGAGCGAUGGUGCCAUGUUAAGAAUUGUGCAACUGCUGACGUCUUUGUGGAUGGUUGCGCAAAGUGGAAUUGUGUGCACAGCACCAAAUAGCUCCCCUGUUGCAUGUUGCAACAGUUUGUAAAUACUUGUGCCUGUACAGUUUUAGUCUGUCCCAAUCAGACAGAUGUUGCCUGUAGUCCCAUCUUCAUUCCAUUCAGCCAUCACUAGUUGACCUCCCUAAACUUGUACAGUUUUUUUGCCCCCCAAAACCCCCCUCCCCCCAGUAGCUGUCAUCUUUUUUAUUCCACUGUCUGUUUGUAAUCAUAUUUAUUUGAUGUGUUCUGCCCCGUAAAAGGGCAGCAAUACAAGAAAGGAAAAAAUUUUGUCGGUAGCUAGGUGACCUACUAGUGGGUCCACAUUGCUGAAGAUGGAUUUAAGUCAACUGUGAUUAAAUUGGACCUGGUUUUUAUUCACGCAGAGGAGCAUCCUGUAUUGCUAGCCAAUGCUGCUCAAACACACAAGAAAAAAGGAUGCCAUAUGUCUUCGGAACCAGCGUCUAUUAUUCAUUUCGUGACAUUGCUGUCUGGAGCCCCCCUCCCCCUAAAAAAUUUGUAGAUGAUUUUUUCCUACAAAAAUCAGAGGAAAUAUUUUUUGUCCGUUUUAAAAUGAUGGUAGAAUUGUACUAGAGUAAUUUUAGACCUGUACAAAGGGAUAAUUUUGCUGUAAUUUCUGCAGGAGAUGUCAGUCCACGGUAAUUUCUCCUUGGCAAAUGCCUAGCAAUUUUAAACGUCUGUACAGUAUGAAGAAGAAGAAGAAGGAAGUUGCACUGUACAAAACGCUUGGCUGUCACUGUAAAAUGAACGCCUCCUUUUUUUCCCUCCAGAGAGUGCAUGUAUAAUUGUACCAGUAGUGUUAAUUUCAGAAGUCACACUCAAGUCUAACUUUAUGAUAGGAAUCCACAUGCAGCGUACUGUAUGUUCCACUCGGAAAAAUGGAAGCGAUCAAUCAAAUUAAACCAGACAAAUCACACUUGAUGAGG